CGAUUUUAGGAGGAAAGGAUGUGGUGUGGUUGAGCAAUCUGAGGAGCAAUAUCUCGUUAGGCGGAAGUCAAUUCCAAACCAUGGCAGCCUUGGGCAAUGCAGCUCUUGUCUUGGGAAGUGCCCUCGGGGUUGGCUUGUACCCGAUCGCACAACGGCGGUCCCUUGACCGCGCAACCUUCAGAUCAACUAGGCGCCCGCCGUUCCCAUUUUACCCGCCCAAAAUGAGAAAGCCCUUAUUGCCAAAAGUGAGAGCCCGUAGGCCUCAUGGGCAACUCCGCAGACGUCGGCCCGCUGCGGGUAAAAAAGGCCGAGGUAGAAGGAAGAAGGGGUCACGACGAAAGCCGGGCCAAAGACCAAAACCGAGGCGCAUACCGACCUUCAGCUUGUCCAAGCCCACACCCAGACCCGGACCCAGACCUGGACCCAGACUCAGACCCAGGCCUCCUAAGCAAUCAGGAAAGAUAAAACCCGAGUUCACGUUUCGCCGUCAGAAGCCCAGAACCAAGCGACCCAGGAUCAGUGCUAAACCCUCGAUAAAGAACGAGCAAUACGCUAAGAAACCGACCACCAAUGUGGCCUAUACUCCGAAGAAAAGUAGGCCACAGCCCACCCACCCAUUCACCAAGGCCCAUGGCUAUGCCCCAAUCCUACCCCCAGGCGAUGUUGAAUCCAACAACUAUGUGGCAGUUGUCACAACCACCACGAAAAAGCCCAGGGAAACCCAACCUACCUUGUUUCGAGAGAACAUCCCGGUUCGCAAAUACAAAGGCUCCCGAGGGAACCCCGGACUUGAUUCCCCAAAUGACUUCCUCAAGGAUCUGGACCAGCCCGAGUUCGACGGAGUCCGCUUGAAGAACCCGUUCCGAACCGAUCACGGAGGAUCCCCGUUCAAUUUGGACCCUUUCCGGGAACUCAAGAUCAUCGUGAACGGGGACAAAGAGACUAGCAGCACUCAAGGACAACGCAAACCUAAAAGACGCAUUGCUCAGAGUAGAGCCAUCAAGGGCGACGCAGACCAGGACCAAAGCUUGGCCCAGAGUCAAAAGCACCCUACCUACGUAGACCCAUUCCAGAAUGCUCAGGCCGUGCAUGUGAUCAAGAAGGCGGAGGAGCUGAACCUGUUCUUGGCCGUGAAAGAUGUCGAUCUUCCGAGAUCCAAGUCCAAAGUGGCCACGGAUCCUGUUCUCAAGGAGCUCCGGUCCCAAUUGCCACUCUAUCCUCCAACUCGGAUCCUGGACGAAAAGCGAGAGUUGGGCAUUGCUUCGGUAAAACGAGGAAUCCGAAGGAAAGGCCAACGAGAUCCAGAGACGGACAAGACAACGCCCAGGCCAAUCUAUCUGGAAGAUCUCUACGAUUAUCACGAUUCCGAGGUUGAUGACAGCUUUAAGAUUGAACUAACGGAGAGACCAGUCCAAACUUUACCCCCUAGUGCUAAAAACACCUACGAGGACGAUCAAAAGCUCGUUGAGCGAGAGUUAAAGAGUUUGCGUCUCCGCGAUUUCAAGAGACUGAAUGCCACAAUGUCUCCUACAACACCAAAAACUCGCUUUAAAACGUCAAAACUGGAAUCAUCAGAUCAAGAAUCCUGAUUAGCAAGCAAUAGGUAGAUAUCUAAAUUGGUAAAAAGUGCAAUAUAUACAUACGUAUAUGUAUGAUAACCUUCUCAGUAAUUAGCCUCCUGUAACAGACGGCCUUGUCCC